AUGGCUACGGCUCAAGCUGUUGUGCUCGAGGCGUGGCCAGCUCCGUUCGUUCUAGUGCCCCAGCUCCUUCCUCUGCUUGUGCCUUUGGCGCUCGAGACUCCCCUGGGGAUCUCCGUGGAGUCGAACCAGCACUCCCUCUUUUACCUGAUCCUGCGGAUCUUCCUCGCUGGUCAGUUACGGUGUUGGUUCUUGCAGCCCAAGGUGACCGUUCAGAAAAACAGCGAGAAGGAGAGAGUGAAAUUCUACCUGCUCCCCUCUCUGGGGUGUCUUGGUCUUGACUGGCAGUGGGAGGACUGUGAACUUUGGAUCGUCGAGAAUGAUGAAGAUGGAGUCGAGCGUGUUGGCUCUCCCACCGAACUUGCCGAGGAUGAGAUCUCUGAGAAUGAAGGGGAGGAUGCUGAGAUGCCUGCGAAGCUGGAAAAGAGAAAGAGGGCUGUGGCGUCGUCGUCUAGAUGCGAUCCCCGUGUUCGUCCUGUUCCCGACUCUGAUGACGAGGAUAGUCCCUCUAAGCGGCCCUCUCUCUCCGAGGAGAAACCUCUCACUGCUCGAGAAAUCCGUGAAUUACUUCUCGGGCAUGUCUGUGAGAUGAGGACGGCAUGGGAUUCGUUCAAAGGGCGUCUUGACUGUGUGGAAAAGGAACAACAGAAAAGUAGCUUUGAGAUCUCGAACCUUCAGACCCGGACUAGAGUUCUCGAGAAGGACCACGGGCAACAUAAGCAAAGCCUUCAGCAGCAUUCCAAAGUCCUCGAUGAGCUCACCUCAGAUGUCAAGAAGAUGCAGGUCAAAAUUGAUGAACUUGCCUCCCGUCCGGCUCCAAGUGAUGUCCCUCCAGGUGCUAGUGUUGGGCCUGUUCCUCUCGGGGGUGAUCCAUGGAGCGAGUACCUGCAGAAUCGGAAAAUGCCUGGACCCACAGGGGGUGAUCAAAGGGAUGCAACUCGCCAGCAGGGGGGAAAUUCGUCAGAUGACAGAGGUGACUUCCUUUCAGAUGAAGACAAACGAACGCUUGUCAUUGGAGGGUGGCUUCAAGAUACCAAGCGCUCCAUCAUCGAAGAAGAGGCAGGGGUGAUUCUGAUGAUGCCCGAAGCAAAGGAUCUCAUUGACAGUGAUAAGCUUCAAAUUUUUGGGCCUCGGCGUUCGGUUGGUCUUCUCCGGUUUAAGCUCCGCGAGGGUGAAUCCUUUCAAACUUUGAAGGGACGCAUGUGGGAGUUCAUCCGACUUCUUGGUCGAGUCAAACACUCCCUGCCAAGCACGGCGGCAUCCGGUGAGCCCAAGACUCUUUGGGCAUCAUUCGUCAAGAGCAAGAACGCUCGCCUUCGAAGCGCCCACGUCAGCAUGAUCAGAAGAGUGGCUAUUGUGCUGGCGAAAGACAAUCAGGAGCAGAACCAAGGGGUGAAUGACCAGAUGAGUUCCUACGAUUGUGAUUGGAACAUGGGAACCAUCUGGUGUGGGAGUGAGAAGCUCGGCGGCUGGGUGAAUAUCUCCGCUGUGGCCAGAAUUGCUGGGUGCUCUACGGAUGACUCCAAGAGUGCCUUUGAACGGGAGCUGAAAGUGGGGUGCCUUCGGCUCGUCCGUGUGCAACAUGCAGAUGGGGAAGAUCGUGUACCUGGAAUCUGGGCGGACAAAAUGUUAAUCUCCUGGACGUUGCUUGAGAUUGCACGUGAUACUGGUGGGUGGAGUUCUUUUGACACUGAUGAGUUUCACUGGGUGACUUUUCGGGAUCCUCGUCAAUGGAGGGGAACUGGGAUUGGUAUCGCCUUGGACAAGUUUGAUUCCAUCACAUGGAAGGUUGCGACUGAGCGCGGCAUUUGGGCGGUUGCGAGGAUCCGGGGCCUUGGUCGGGUGGUCUUGGGAAGUGUUCAUUGUCACACCGGAGUGACGACGGCUGUCUAUCAGGCGGCUGCACAAGAAUUUGCACGUCAUUGUCCUCGUCGUUUUCGGCAUCUCCCAGUCCUCUGUGGUGCAGAUGCCAACGAAGUCCCUCACUGGGAGCCUGAUGAGAAUGGGACUCUCUCUAUUGGGAUGAACUCUAACAACCUUGAGGCCUUGUUGCAUGAGAUGCUUCAGCAUGGAGUUCGACCGGUGGCACCUAGGCCUUCUGAUCAACACACUCCCUCCCACUUCCCUCGAGAUUCUACAAGGAGGGGUCGACAGAUCGACAUGAUUUUUUCGAGGCUUCUUCAUGUCUGUCCUCUCUGCAUCGAACCCGAACGUAGACACACCAUUGGCUCUGAUCAUGCCAUUGUCAUGGGUGACAUCAUGGUUGCUGGUGGCCCUUCCAAGGUUGUCUGGGGAAAUGACUCAAGACCACGAUGGGUUGUUAGUGAUCUCCCAGAUAUUGAGAUUGUGGAUGAAGAUGAUCUCAUUGCAUUGGCAAAACAGUGCACUCGACCCCGAGCUUCGCAACAAUAUAGGGACGACGAUGAAGUGAAAGGUGCCAUCUGUGCGGCACGUGCUUCGGGGUGUGCCAGAGAGUGGAAACGUGUGCAUAAGCUCCGUCGUGCUCACAAACGUUCCUGGGUUCAGGCGAGAUUCUCCAAAAUCCUCAAUGGUGACUGGGAUCAAUAUCGUCAGCUUCAGAAUGAACGUAAACGUCAACGUGGAUGGUGGGGGAACAUGCUUGCUGAGAAUAGCUCUGUCGAUCUUGCCAAGGAGAUCACUAGCCAUCUUGAAAGCAAGAUGACUUGCAGUAGCAGGACUGCCGAUGAAUGGGAAGCUCAACUCGCUUGUCUCAUACGAGAUGCUGCCGAGGAUGACAAGUUCGUUCCGUUCACCCUGCUGGAUUUGCGGGUUGAGUUACAAGAGAUGAAGUGUCGCAGCGCAGUCGGGCCCGAUGGCAUUGGGGUGCAUCUCCUCCGGGAAUGUGUUGACCAUGAUGUAGUUGGGCCGAACCUGUUGAGCCUAGUCAACCACAUCGUCAAGACAAGAGAACUGCCCAGCAGUUGGGAGCGAAGCUUUCUUGCUCUCCUCGCGAAAUGUCGCCUCCCUGCCCAACCAUCCGACCUGCGACCGAUUUGUGUUUCCUCUGCCUUUCACAAGCUCGUUAACCGCUUGGUCUGUGCCAGGACGCUCCCAUUGAUGAGACAAGGGUCCAAGAUCAGUUGCUGUGGUAAAGGUCGCCAAGCCGCCGAUCUUAUUGGCUGUCUUUCGCGACUUCGUGAUGUCACGAAGGAAUGGUGCCAGCCACUUAUCUUGUGCAAGCUCGAUGUCGCUGGUGCUUUUGAUAAAGUUGAUAGAGCGAAAGUUGCGGAGCUACUUCGGUCUCGACUCCGGCACAAAGGGGUGAGUUGUGAGCUACGAUAUCUUCUUGCUCAACUUGCUGUUCAUGAAAUAGUUGGCAAUGCACCUGGAGGAAAACAGGUUCGCCUUCGUCCUGAUAAUGGUAUCAAACAGGGGGCACCUGAGAGCGCUGAGCUGCCUGGAUUGGUCGUCGACUCCCUCCUCUCCGAACUUGUGCUCUGCAAGCGUUGGGGUGACCUUGGCCCUCCUCUUGCCGACGUCGAUAUUGACCUUCUGUUCUAUCAGGAUGACAUCUUCAUCGUCGAGACCAACUUUGGCCGUCUUUGCAGAAGGAUUGGGGUAGUUGAUCGUUGUCUUCAGCAAGCCGGGCUCACAUUAGCCAAGGAGAAGACGAAGAUCGUUGCCAACGAACACUACACUGGUCCGCGUCGUGCAAGUGUUGGGGAUGAUAUCUUUUCCAUUGCCUCUGAGGGUGAAUCGCUCAAAGUUUUAGGCAUCUCGUUUUCGUUGUCGCGGGACGCCUCGGAGCAAGCGAAGGAACUGAUUGGGAGGACACGUGAUGCUGCAGCCUCCCAUAAAGAACUUCUCUGUGCUCCUGGUGCAUGGCUCCACAAGGAACACUUUCUGGUGGCGUGA